AUGUCUAAUUCACCUACCAAGGAGUCUGUUCCUAAACUCGCCCCCCACCUGACGACUCCCAUCCAAGAUCCUCCCAGCCCGCGAACACAUCGAGCUCUGCGCCGCCUUCAAUCCGCACAUGCCUUGGGCUCGCAUCAGUCGAAUAACAAUUACCAACCCUCCCUCAUCACACAGCAGCAUAAGCAGGCGCUGCAGCGCACCCUUUCGCCCGCGGUCAACGCCCACGCCCUCUCCCAUCACCCCUCCCCCGCACCGCAUCACAGUCGAGUGCGAUCAAACAGCGAUGCCGCCAAUAUGACCCCUCCAAAUUCCGGCGCCGCUGCCCGCCGUCCAGCGCUGGCGCUGGGGAAGAGGCCCAUUGCCGCGGAUGCCCUCUCCCUGGACCGCCUGAUCAGAGACGGUCCCCCCGAUGGGGAUCUCGUUGGAGCAUUGGAGAGUGCGAGGUUGAAGAUCCUAGAUCAGGGCAUCAAGAGUGACACAGAUGGAAUGUCGUCUUUGCGCAUUUAUGUCUGGCUCGUUUUCCUCAAUGCUCCUGUGCUCGAGACCGAUGCAUAUCUCGCCCUCAUCCAUCGGGGAGCUUCCCCCGCAUAUUCAAAGAUUCGAAAUGAUACCUUCCGAACCUUGGCAACUGAUCCCCUGUUCCGCCGUCGCGUGAGCGAAGCAAGUCUAAUCCGCCUUCUAAACGCCGUGGCCUGGAAGCUUCACGAUGCAAAGGAAGAGCGGGCUGAAUCGCUGGCCAAGGCUGGCAGUAAGCUCACACAUACGGCCAAUCAGCAUGGCAGCCCAGAGCUUCAAUCGUCAACGGCCGCUGUCAAGUCAAGAGCCCGCGCCUUGACCCUGACAACAGAAGGUUCGGAUACGGGAGCGUCUGAACCAGGCACAUACGUCCAAGGAAUGAAUGUUCUUGCCGCCCCCUUCCUCUAUGCUGCUCGUAGUGAGGCGGAGGCUUUCGUUGCGUUUCACCGUUUCAUCACCAACGAGUGUCCCGGCUACGUACGGGGAGCGAUGGAUGGGGUACAUAAGGGCCUUGCUCUGGUAGAUAAAGCUCUUGCCAUCGUGGACCCGAAACUCAGCCUAUACCUCACAGGCAAAGGCAUGAAUGCAGAGCUCUACGCUUUCCCCUCCGUUCUAACCUUGUGUGCCUGCACGCCUCCCUUGCCUCAGGUCCUACGUCUCUGGGACUUCCUAUUUGCCUAUGGCGCUCACCUAAACAUAUUAUGUAUCGUUGCGCAGCUUGUCAUUAUCCGAAAUUCUAUUUUGAGCUCUCCAAGUCCCACGAAGAUUCUACGGUCCUUCCCACCGUUACAGGCUGAGACCAUCAUUGAAGUAACACUCAGCAUAAUCAAGAAAAUCCCGGACGAUGUCUACGCUGAAAUCGUGUCACACGCUAAGUAG